CGCGAGCGCCCGCCGGCCCGCGGGGCCCUGAGCGACCCGGCCCCGCAGCGCGCGCCGCGCGGGCGGGAACAAAGUGCCGGCAUGGCCUCCGAGGAGCUGUACGAGGUGGAGAAGAUCGUGGACAAGCGGAAGAACAAGAAGGGCCGCACGGAGUACCUGGUGCGCUGGAAGGGCUACUGCAGUGAGGACGACACGUGGGAGCCCGAGCAGCACCUGGUCAACUGCGAGGAGUUCAUCCACGACUUCAACCGGCGCCACGCCGAGAAGCCCCGGGAGGGUGCACUGGCCCGUGCCAGCCGCACCUCGCCCAGCAACGCGCGGAAGCAGAUCUGCCGCUCCACACACAGCAGCCUGGCCAGGGUGUCCCCCAAGAGGCUCGCGGUCAGCAGGGACGCCGAGCCCAGGGCCCCCCAGCUGCUGCCUGCCGGCCAGAAGUUCCGCAAGAGCGUGGCCCCAUCCCUGUCGGGCCGGAAGAACAUGGAUCUGGCCAAGUCGGGCAUCAAGAUCCUGGUGCCCAAGAGCCCCAUUAAGAGCAGGACCGCGGUGGACGGCUUCCCGAGCGAGAGCCCUGAGAAGCUGGAGCCCACGGAGCAGGGCCAGGAGGACACGAUGGCGCCCGAGGUGGCGGCCGAGAAGCCGGUGGGGGCGCUCCUGGGCCCCGGCGCCGAGCGCGCCAGGAUGGGCAGCCGCCCCCGUAUUCACCCCCUAGUGCCUCAGGGGCCAGGCCCCGCCACCGCCACCGCUGCCAUGGCCACGGGGCUGGCCGUGAACGGGAAAGGCACGUCGCCCUUCCUGGACGCUCUCACGGCCAACGGCAGCAGCCUCCAGACGUCCGUGGCCGGCGUGGCCGCUGGCAAGAGGAAGUUCCUGGAGGAGCGGCGCGAGCAGCCCUUCGACAAGCGGCUGCGCUUCAGCGUGCGGCAGACGGAGAGCGCCUACCGCUACCGCGACAUCGUGGUGCGCAAGCAGGACGGCUUCACACACAUCCUGCUGUCCACCAAGUCCUCGGAGAACAACUCCCUCAACCCCGAGGUGAUGAAGGAGGUGCAGAGCGCCCUGAGCACGGCAGCCGCCGACGACAGCAAGCUGGUGCUGCUGAGCGCAGUGGGCAGCGUCUUCUGCUGCGGCCUGGACUUCAUCUACUUCAUCCGGCGGCUGACCGAUGACAGGAAGAGAGAGAGCACCAAGAUGGCAGACGCCAUCCGAAACUUUGUCAACACCUUUAUCCAGUUUAAGAAGCCGAUCGUGGUGGCAGUCAACGGCCCUGCCAUCGGACUCGGCGCGUCCAUCCUGCCGCUGUGUGACGUGGUGUGGGCCAACGAGAAGGCCUGGUUCCAGACGCCCUACACGACCUUCGGGCAAAGCCCAGACGGCUGCUCCACCGUCAUGUUCCCCCGGAUCAUGGGUGGCGCUUCUGCUAACGAGAUGCUGCUGGGCGGGCGAAAGCUGACGGCGCAGGAGGCCUGCGGCAAGGGGCUGGUGUCCCAGGUGUUCUGGCCCGGAACCUUCACCCAGGAGGUCAUGGUCCGCAUCAAGGAGCUGGCCUCCUGCAACCCCGCGGUGCUGGAGGAGUCCAAGACGCUGGUCCGCUGUAACCUGCGCUCGGAGCUGGAGCAGGCCAACGAGCGGGAGUGUGAGGUGUUGAAGAAGAUCUGGGGCUCGGCACAGGGCAUGGACUCGAUGCUCAAGUACCUGCAGAGGAAGAUCGACGAGUUCUGAGCUGCGCCUGUGCGGGCAGGGCAGGCAGCCGUGUCCGCCGGCAGUUCUGACGUGCUGUGACUUUAAAAUAAAUGCCUGCGAGCUCCUUGCCGGAGUCCUGCUUUGGUACUUGACAGCACUUCCCAGGCAUCAGCGUCGGGAACGCAGCCAGCAGCCGCACUCGCCGACAGUCUCGUUUCCUCCUAGACCCAGAAUCUAAGCCUUGCGCGGGCAGGCGCAGGAGCCACACAAGGGCUUGGCCUCCGCCUCGGCCACGUGCUUCCUGGGCGCCAGCUCCCCAGGCCGAGGGAGCCUGGGCUCUCGUCUGCAGUAUUAGCGAGUGACGGACACUGCGCAGGGCCUGGCCUGAGAAGGCGCCACACUGAGGUGUUGCUGGGUGAGAAACGCGACUUUAUACGCAGUUUGGGUUUUGUAUUUGCAGAUAUGAUUGAUGUAUUACACCAAAAAAAAGUAUUUUUAUGUUUAUAAAGUGUAAUUUUUAGGUUCACUUAGAAUAUAUUUUAUUUAAUAAGUUAAAAUUCUUGGGGCACACUAUGAAAUGCAGAAACUCCUUUUUAA